AUGGAGGGGGGGGAAACCUUCGGGUGUACAGACACCCUACCCGGCAGCAUAAACCCUACACACACCCAGCAGCAGCAGAAGCAGCAGCAACAGCAACAGCAGCAACUGUUGCAGCAGAGCGGCGAGCAGAAGGAGCAACAACAGCCGGAACUGCAGCAGCUGCAGCAAAUCCCCGGGCUGCAGCAGCAGCAACAGCAGCAGCAACAGAGCUGCAUGCAGCAGCAAGAGGGACUCCUGGCACCCUCCCAGCCAGAUAUAGGACUGCUUCUACACCAGCAGCAACAGCAGCAGCAGCAGGAGUUGCAGCAGCAGCAGCAGCAGGAGUUGCAGCAGCAGCAACAGCCGCCUCCGGGCAAGCGUGUGUCUCCCCAAGGGAAUUUAGGUCUGACUGCUAAGAAAAUAGCAGCAGCAGCAACAGCAGCAGCAGCAGCAGCACGGGCGGGAAUCAUAGCAGUACCAGUAACAGCAGCGACAGCAACAGAAGCAGCAGCAGCAGCAGCAGCAGCAGAAACAGCGCACGCAGGGACCCUACCUGCAGAGGGAACAUCUUCUGCUUCUAGGCUUCAUACCGCUGUUGCUGCUGCUGCUGCUGUUGGUGCUGCUGUUGGUGGUGGUGGUGGUGCUGCUGCUGCUGCUCAAGACGUACAGGACAGGGGGCAGACAACAGCUGCUGCAGAAGCAGCGCCAGUUGCUGCUGCUGCUCCUGCUCCUGCUGCUGCUGCUGCUGCUGAUUCUAGCGUAGCUAUAGCUGGUGACAACUGUCUGGGCUUGUAUCCAAAGAGCGCAGCAGCAGCAGCAGCAGAAGCAGCUGCUGCUGCAGAAGCGGCAGCUGCUGCAGAAGCAGCUGCUGCUGCAGAAGCGGCAGCUGCUGCAGAAGCGGCAGCUGCUGCAGAAGCGGCAACUGCUGCAGAAGCAGCAGAAGCAGCAGCAGUAACAGAAUCAGCAGCAGCAGCAGCAGCAGCAGAAGCAGCGACAGCAGCAGUAGCACCUCCUGCUGAUUGCACCGUAGGGGAUCAAGACUCUCAAGCAGCAGCAGAAGGUGCUGCUGCUGCUGCUGCUGCUGCUGCAGACAGUGCAGCAGAGCCAACAGCAGCAGCAACAGGGGAAGCACAAGAGGCGAACCCCACAGCAGCAGCAGCAGGAGCAGCAGCAGCUGCUGCUGCUGCUGCUACUAAUGGUGAUGAUGAUGAUAAGGCCGUUGAAGUCAUUGAGCUUGAGAGCAGUGAUGAGGACUGGGUGGAGCACUGGCAGCGUCCGCGUCGUAGAGCAGCAGCAGCAGCAGCAGCAACACUGAAUGCAUUAGUAGCAGCAGGAGAGGUGACGGAUUCUGCUGCUGCUGCUGCUGCUGCUCCCUUUGUUCCUCCCCCUUCUUUUGCCAGACAACGAGACCGACCAGCAGCAGCAACAGCAGCAGCAGCAGAUGUGGUGCAACACAGCAGCAGCAGCAGCAGCAGCAGGAGUUUGGGGGUUUAUAGCCCUCGGGGUCUGCCUAUCCAUCCCCUACGUCUUCCUUGCUUCAUGAAUGACAGUCUGGAGUCCAUGGCGUUGCUGCGCGUCAGCAGGAAGUUAAACGAUGAGGUCAUCAAUUUCUUCUUCUCUUUUCUCCAGAGGCGCAAUGACGAAGCUUUAGGUCGAGGAGACACGGUCCCCAAGUGUCAUUUUUUUAACUCGUUUUUUGAUGAGCGGCUAAAGGUAGCUUCUUUUGAGGGUGUCAGCAGGUGGACAAAGAAGAUCGAUUUGUUUGCUUAUGAUUUGCUGCUGCUGCCUGUACACCACAAGGAGCAGCAGCAUUGGGCUUUAGGCGUUGUAGAUUUCCGGGUUUGGCGUACAGGGCCGGGAAGCGGCGACUAA